AACCUCACAAACAGCAAUGCGCCCCAGUCAUAUGUUGUCUCCAUCAUUUUAAAGCAGAAAAUUGGCAUCGUACCCCCUUCCCUACAAUGUCCACUCCAUAUUCUCAAACGAUCUGAACCCCGCGCCUCCUCCUCCGGCCCCCUCUUCCCUCCGAUACAGAAGCAAUCCACCUCAUCCGCACGCAUCCUGACGUAUCAGUGUGGAAGCAUGGCCCCAAUUUUUACAUAAACUCCCAAUACUCCAACCCCUGGAGUUCCAACUAACAAUUCCCUAGUACAGGCAACACCACCGACCCUAUUUUCGUGACAGAAGAAUGGAUCCAACGCACUUUCGCCCCGGAAAACACAUUCAAUUUCCUGACCACGUUGCUUCCAUCUCCUACAUCUUUCAAUAAUGUAGAUGGAACCGUGAUCGGCUUCCUAGGCUUAAGGCUCAUGGCCAGGACGUCUGUUGCUAGCAUCGGCUAUGAGAUCUCUCCUUCCUACUGGAACAAAGGGUACCUCACUGAAGCGCUUUCCGGAUUUCUCAGUGCUUAUUGGAAAAUACAUCCUGAGGGAUUGCAAGGCAGUAAAUUGGAUGAAAGCGGGAGAGUGUUCGUGGAUGCGACUGCCCUGGAGAACAAUGCUGCGAGCUUGAGGGUUCUUGAGAAGGCCGGGUUUGUUAGUGUUGGGCAAGAAACGGCGAAGGAUUGGUAUGGGGGACCGGAUGUAGUUUUGAAGAGAUGUAGGGUUUGGAAACCGGUGGAAUAGUGGGGUAAGAGAGAUGGCGGGGAAGGGGAAACGUCUGGGUAUGGGGGCGCACUUGAGAGUCACAGAGGUGCCACGAAGGCUAUAAUUUUCCAAUUUGUGCUCUGCAUGGAUAAGAUGACUCAAUUUCGUUUUUUGACCCCUAUGCUGCUAAAUAGAAUGGUAUGGAUGUUCGAGAUCUGCGAAGUAUUUUGCCCUCUUGAUCAUUGUAGGAAAAUAUACACAAAGUCUUGAUAGACCAAAG